AUGCGCGGCACUGCGCUCUUCGCCACCGUCGCCGUCCUCCUAACCCUCUUGGUAUCGCAUUGCGCGGGCCGCCCUUGGCAUCAACGGCGGCAGCAGCGGCAGAGACCACCAGUGUCACCAACGCGGCCGGCGGUGGUGGUGACGGUCGCAUCGAUCUACGCGGAAUACGAUGAUCCGUCCGUGGCCGUCAACGGACACCCGCCGCCGUCGGACCAGAGCCUGCAGCAGCAGGAAUCGCCGGAGCCGGAUUACGGGGAACCGGGGCGGACGUUCGUGGAACCGGAACGGGUGUACGCGGAACCGGAACAGAACUACGAGGUGGACGAGGCGGUGAGCGUGCUGAGCGACGGGCGCGUGCACGGCGUGCAGCAGCAACCGACGCCGACAACCGCGGUGUCCGGGAGUUACGACGCCAGCAGCAGCACCACCGAUAGCGGCAGCACCGACACCGCCAUCACCGGCUUCACCACCACUUCGUCAGCAAUCACUACCACCACCACGACCACCACGACCGCUUCCACUACGACGACCACGACUCAGGCGGCGGAAACCCGGAAGAGCGGUUACGUGGUGGACGGAAAACACUACCGGAAGUACAGGGUCGAGGAAGAGACGCCGGACGGGUUCAUCGUGGGCGAGUACGGAGUGGUCAGCCACCACGACGGCACCACCAGGGGCGUCCGGUACACGGCUGACAGCAGCAUCAAUCCGCGGGUCAUAUACGAAGCACUGGCCAAAUUCUUGGCCCUCAGGCGCCGCCGGUAG